AAAAUAUGAUAUUUUUAAGUUGGAAAGAAACCGACCAUCACCAAUACUCUCAAUUCUGUUGAGAGGUCUUUGUCGCAUAAGCCUCUUUGCUUGCCUACUCCAUUGAAGUUCCACUUCCAUCUCUUCUCUCUCUCAACAAACUUCACCUUUUUCAUUUUCCAAUUUUUUUUCCCUUUCAAAUCCUAAUUUAUGAAUCCUCAGUCCAUAUCUUAACCAUGAAAAAAUCAGCUUCAAAAGGUGCAGAGAGUGGUGGGUUUGACAACAGGCAGAUAGAUUGGGAGCUUAGGCCUGGUGGCAUGCUGGUUCAAAAGAGAGAGGUUGAGGGUGACCCUUCUGGGCCUAUGAUCAAGAUCAAGAUCUCUCACGGUUCCUAUCACUAUGAAAUCACUGUCCCUGCUCAGUCCACUUUUGGGGAUUUGAAAAAUGCUCUUUUCCAUGACACUGGUCUGGAGCCUAAGGAGCAGAGAUUGUUGUUUAGAGGCAAAGAAAAAGAAGACAAUGAAUGUUUGCAUAUGGUAGGUGUAAAAGACAUGUCAAAAGUGAUACUACUGGAGGACCCUGCUUGCAAAGAGAGGAAGCUUGAGGAGAUGAAGAGAAAUCAAGGAAUGUUAAAAGCCUAUGAAGAAGUUGCCAAAGUGAGAGCAGAGGUUGAUAAACUAUCACAGAGGGUUCUCACUUUGGAGACAACUGUUCGCAAUGGCACCCAGGUCGCAGACCAAGAGUUCGUUGUCUUGACAGAAUUGCUUAUGAUGCAGUUGCUCAAAUUGGAUACAAUUGAGGCUAAUGGAGAAGCAAAAGUACAGAGGCGGAAUGAGGUUCGCCGUGUCCAGAACUUUGUGGACACACUUGACAAUCUAAAAGCAAGAAAUUCUAACCCCUUCAGCAAUGGUAGCAAUGCAGUGUCAGUGACUACCAAAUGGCAGACAUUCGAGUGUGGAGUUGGAAGCCUGAGUACCCCAGUGCCAAGACAAUCUGUCAUGAAAAUAACUCAGGACUGGGAGCUGUUUGACUAGCCAAGUACCCAUGAGUUCUUUCAUCAGGUUCAAUCUGUAAAAAUUUAUAAUGCAACAUGUAUGAUGCAACAGGACUUGGAAAAGUAUACUUUCCAUCUUGAUCUUUGUGAGUUACUUUUGCAUAGAAACGAAGGAAGAGGAUCGCUUGAAACUGCUAUGUAUUGUAUGUACAUAUUUGUUGAAUUAUAUAGUUUAGUUGCUGCCUGUUUCA